UGGGUCGGCCUCGGUCAAGAACCGGGAGCGGCGCCCUGCAGGGUUUGUGCGCCCACCUGUCGCGGUCUGUUUCCCGCGGCUGACUCGGUCAGGGCGGGGGCGAUGGAGAGGCGGGGCGCGGGGAGCGCGCAGACUGGGGCUCGGGGCGCUGUCCAGCACUUAAACGGCCCGGUGCCUCCCCGCCCGCAGUCGACUUGCGCCGCGCCUCGCGGCUCCCCGCCCGGCGCGCCCUGGGCUCAGGUCUCGGCCUGUCCAGCGGCAGCCCCGCCCUUCCUCUCCCAGUGGGCACUCGGCGGCCAGCCCGGACGUCGCGCUCCGACCCGCGUCCUGUGAGGUCCAGUGGCCGCCCGGGCGCGACCAGACCUAGGCGAGCGGAGAGCGCACAUGGCGGCGGUGGGGCCGCGGACCGGCCCCGGCACCGGGGCCGAGGCGCUAGCGCUGGCGGCAGAGCUGCAGGGCGAGGCGACGUGCUCUAUCUGCCUAGAGCUCUUUCGCGAGCCGGUGUCCGUCGAGUGCGGCCACAGCUUCUGCCGCGCCUGCAUAGGGCGCUGCUGGGAGCGCCCGGGCGCCGGGGCCGUAGGGGCCGCGACCCGCGCGCAGCCAUUCCCACUGCCCUGCCCGCAGUGCCGCGAGCCCGCGCGCCCCAGCCAGCUGCGGCCCAACCGGCAGCUGGCCGCGGUGGCCACGCUGCUACGGCGCUUUAGCCUGCCCGCGGCCGCCCCGGGGGAGCACGGGUCCCAGAGGGCAGCGGCCGCCCGGUGCGUGCAGCAUGGCGAACCGCUCAAGCUCUACUGCCAGGACGACGGGCGCGCCAUCUGCGUGGUGUGCGACCGCGCCCGCGAGCACCGCGAACACGCCGUGCUGCCGCUGGACGAGGCGGUGCAGGAGGCCAAGGAGCUCUUGGAGUCCAGGCUGAGGGUCUUGAAGAAGGAGCUGGAGGACUACGAGGUGUUCCGGUCCACGGAGGAGAAGGAGAGCAAGGAGCUCCUGAAGCAGAUGGCAGCGGAGCAGGAGAAGGUGGGGGCAGAGUUCCAGGCGCUGAGGGCCUUCCUAGUGGAGCAGGAGGGCCGGCUGCUAGGUCGCCUGGAGGAACUGUCCCGGGAGGUGACACAGAAGCAGAAUGAGAACCUGGCCCAGCUCGGGAAUGAGAUCACCCAGCUGUCCAAGCUCAGCAGCCAGAUCCAGGAGACAGCUCAAAAGCCUGACCUUGACUUUCUCCAGGAAUUCAAAAGCACGCUGAGCAGGUGCAGCAAUGUGCCUGGCCCCAAGCCAACCACAGUCUCUUCCGAGAUGAAGAAUAAAGUCUGGAAUGUUUCCCUCAAGACCUUUGUCUUAAAAGGGCUGCUGAAGAAGUUCAAAGAGGACCUUCGGGGAGAGCUGGAGAAAGAGGAGAAAGUGGAGCUCACCUUGGAUCCCGACACGGCCAACCCGCGCCUCAUCCUCUCUCUGGAUCUUAAGAGUGUGCGUCUCGGCGAGCGGGCCCAGGACCUGCCCAACCAUCCCCGCCGCUUCGACACCAACACGCGCGUCCUGGCGUCCUGCGGCUUCUCCUCGGGCCGGCACCACUGGGAGGUGGAGGUGGGCUCGAAGGACGGCUGGGCUUUCGGCGUGGCCCGGGAGAGCGUGCGCCGAAAGGGCCUCACGCCCUUCACCCCCGAGGAGGGCGUCUGGGCCCUGCAGCUCAACGGCGGCCGGUACUGGGCCGUGACCAGCCCCGAGAGGUCGCCCCUCAGCUGCGGGCACCUGUCGCGUGUGCGGGUGGCCCUGGACCUGGAGGUGGGAGCCGUGUCUUUCUACGCCGUGGAGGACAUGCGCCACCUCUACACCUUCCGUGUCAACUUCCAGGAGCGCGUGUUCCCGCUUUUCUCUGUCUGCUCCACGGGCACCUACUUGCGAAUCUGGCCUUGAGCGGCACUGCUGGGGAGCUGCUGUCUCCGGGCUGCCGGUGGGAAGGGAUAUCGCCUCCCCAGAGCUCCCUGGUCCAUCUUGGGUCUGCCCUCCCUGUUCCAGAUCCUGGCUGCUAUAGACACAACCCUGAGGCAGGAGACUGAGACGACGGCCAACUGAGCAGGGGAAGAGAGACUUUGGACUCUUGGGGGUUUCUUUCUUGAGGACACAUGUGGAUUUGGCCAGAGCCCUCAGGAGGUGGAGGCUGGUGAGGUCGGGAGCCCAGCUCUCCAAAGGGCUUCUGCCCUGACUGGAAAGGCAUCCGACUCCCUAAAAAAAUGUCAAAGCCAGUCCUGCUGUUUCCCGUUGCCAGGGGACAGGUCUGGGCCCCCGCCAGCCAGGUUUGUUACCAUGGCUGCUGCCUUCUGGAUAGCUGCCAGCUCUGCCUUGAGAAGUUCUGGGACCUCUGGAUCCAGCUGGCCUGACAGGUCAUCUACUCAGGGAGGAGCCCUGUGCUCCCAGCUCAGAGGACAGUCUAGGCCAGAACUGGAAGGAGGUCCUUAGACAGUCUGUGAGAGAGAAGCCCAGGACAACAGCCAUUGGGUAUCACAGCUCUCCAGCACUCUUAGCCAGAAGAUACAGUGAUGGGUGCGUCCUGACCAAAGCAACAACCAGCAUGUGCUCUCACAAACACCUGACUCCCCCACUUUCCAGUGCCAAAGUAUAAACACUUCUGGGAUAAGGAGAUCAAAGCUUCUGGAACUUUAUUUUUUCUUUUUAAUUU